AGUGAGUCCUGUCCCAGUUCCGGAUGGUUCUGCGGCCAAGUGUGGACUCAGCGGCUGUAGGAGGUUCGGUUCGGUCGGAAGGCUAGAAGGUUCUGGUCGGCUCGGUUACUCUGCGUGCCGCCCGGAUCCAGGACGGCCAUGUUGGACAACGUCCCCGUCGUGUCGUCGGCGGAGCGCCAGCAGGUUCUGGCUGCUCUGGACCGGCUCCAGAACCGGCUGGUCCACAGGGAGGAGUGGAGCCUGAGCGCCGCCCUGGGGAGCCUGAAGGAGGCGCUGCAGAGCCCGCUGUUCGGCCGCGUCCUGACGCUGCAGCACUCCGUCCGCCAGCUGCAGCAGCAGCUCAGCAGCUUGCCUCCUGAUGCUCGCAGUGACUUCAGUUUCUCCAGACGCGGUCAGCUGAUUAUGAGCGCCGCCCCGUCCUCCGUCCUGACCAAUGGCUCGUCGCCUCUCUCCCUUCAGGCUCCGCCCCUGACGGAGCGCCUGCAGCAGUGGAUCCAGGAGGCGGCGAAGGGCCGCCGGAUCGAGCCGAUCGUUCUGACCCGGCCCGCUUCAGGGGGCCUGGGGUUCAGCGUGGUCGGUCUGAACCCGGCAGGAAGCGGCGGCCACGGCGUCUUCGUCAAACACAUCCAGCCGGGAGGAAUCGCCGGCCGGGACGGGCGUCUUCAGGAGCAGGACCAGAUCCUGGUGAUCAACGGCAGUCCUCUGGAACCGGGCCGGAACCACCAGGCGGUGCUGAGCUUGCUGCAGCAACCUGGCGAGACCGUGGAGCUAGUGGUGGCCCGGGAGUGGGACCGGGACCGGGUCGCACCAGGAGGUCCAGCUGAAGGGCCAGUCGGCAGGGACCUCUGGGGUCAUGUGGAGGAGAUCGAGCUUUCCAACGACGGCUCCGGUUUGGGCUUUGGAAUUGUUGGCGGGAAGACGAGCGGAGUGGUUGUCCGAACGGUGAUCCCUGACAGCGUAGCCGACAGGGAUGGGCGUCUCCGCACAGGUGACCACAUCCUCCGCAUCGGGUCGACGCCCACCAGCGGCCUCACCAGCGACCAGGUGGUCAAGGUUCUGCAAGCCUGCGGCGGUCAUGUGACCAUGCUGAUCGCCAGGGACCCCCAAGGACAGGCGGCCACCGCCCCGGCUGCGCCUGCGCCUCCUGACUCCGCCCCCUUCGUUAACGUACCUCCUCCACUUCCUGACUCCGCCCCCGUUACGUCCUUACCUCCAGGUCCUCCUGUAGCCCCGCCGCAGCGCCGGCCCAGCAAGACGCCCAACCUGGAGGGAUACGAGAUCCAUGAAGUUCCCCUCACCAAGAAGGACGGCCAGAGCCUCGGCAUCUCCAUCGUCGGCUUCAAUCCACUGACCAGCCAAGAUGCAGUGGGUGUGUUUGUGAAACACGUGGUUCCUGGCAGCGCCGCGGACCAGAGCGGAAACAUCCGGGUCCAUGACCGCCUCCUCGCUCUGGACGACGUCAGUCUCCAUGGAAUGACCAACCAGGAGGUUCUGGAGGUGAUGAAGCAGACGGGUCAGACUGUGGUUCUGACUCUGGUCCGGAAGAAAGUCCGAGGCCCGGAAAGAUCCCUGGAUAAAGUGGAGCGGGCCUCGACCAGGGGGUCUCAGAGGAGGAACCUGGAGUUCAAAGGUCGCUCGUCAGCAUCUGGAUCCAUCAUGAUGAUGAAGCAGGAAGUGACAUUUGCGUCUGAUGCAGAACUGCGAGCCAAGUGGGAGGCGGCUCUGGGACCUCAGUACCUCGUCCUGGUGGUGAACCUGGAUCCCGUGAUCCAAGACGACGCAGAGCUGCAGAAAUCCUCCAAGCUGCUGCCCAUCCACAUCCUGCGUCUGGGCGUGGAGCUGGACUCCUUCGACGGCCACCACUACAUCUCCUCUGUGGCCCCCGGGGGCCCCGUGGACCGACAUGGCGUGCUGAGGCCCGAGGACGAACUGCUGGAGGUCAACGGCGUCCAGCUGUACGGGAAGUCCCGGCGGGAAGCCGUGUCCUUCCUCAAAGAGGUUCCGCCUCCGUUCACUCUGGUUUGCUGCCGACUCCUGAUCCCAGACCAGGAACCGGAACCAGAACCAGAACCGUCCGCUCCACCACAACCAGCAGCAGAACAUCGGAGCAUCGAAGAGGUGAGAGAGUCCGGCCCUCGUUCCUCCCAGGAGUUUCCACUUUUCUCAUGUUGUACGGAUCCAGAUGGAGCUGAUGCAGCUCGGGUCCAGAGAACUCCUGGUUCUGGUUCUGGAGAGAGGAAGAGGAGGAGCAGGUACCGCCCUCAGUCAGUCAGUCUGGUUCUGGACCUGAAGCCUGAUCCAGUUGGUUCUGUCCGUCAGCAGCAGAGUUCUCCUGUGGAGGAGCUGAGGAGCGAAGACUCCAGCCUGGAGGAAGAGGAGGAGGAUGAAGGCGAGCUGGCUCUGUGGAGUCCGGAGGUCGGCGUGGUGGAGCUGCAGAAGGAGGCGGAGCGCGGCCUGGGCUUCAGCCUGCUGGACUACCAGGACCCGUUGGAUCCUGGUCGCUGUGUGAUGGUGAUCCGCUCUCUGGUUCCUGGUGGGUCCGCGGAGCGUCAUGGAGGUCUGCUUCCUGGAGACCAGCUGGUAUCGGUUAAUCACACCCUGUUGGACCUUCUCACCCUGACUGAGGCAGUGGAGGUGCUGAAGUCGGUACCGCCUGGUACCGUCCGCCUGGGAGUCCGCAAGCCCCUGGUGGAAGCAGCCGAUCCCAGCAGAGAGAACAUGAUCCAGGAUUCUCCUAGAGGUGGACCGCUUCCAGAGGGUCCCAGUGAAAACUUGGAGCUUCCAGAUGAUUCCUGUCAGGAGGAACCGGAGCUGAUCCUGGAUGGAGGUCUGCCUCGCUAUGCCUCCUCUGUGACCUCUGACCUCUUGCCAGCAGAGGAGGGAUUGGAGAUGGCUGUGGAUGAAGAGGAGGAUGAAGAGGAGAGUAGCUCGCUACCCAGGAAGCCUCCUCCAUCCUGGGAGGACUGGAAGCUGUGGUCUGCUGGGCGAGCAGGAGGUCCACAGGAGCUCAAGGUGAGGAGAGACUCUCAGGAUGACGAGGAGCUGCAGAAGUCGGACCUGGAGAGCAUCUCAUCUGUUGGGAAACUGAUCCUGGGUCUGCCCGACUUCAGGGACGGCGAGGUCGAGUCCGAUCUCACUCUGACCGACACCGACACCGAGUCCGUCGGGAUUGUCACCGCCGGCAGCAGGAAGAGGCGGAGCCAAGGCCGCAGGAACCUGCCAGAGAGGGAAGAGGGGGAGGGAGAGGAGACACCCGCCUUCAGCCACUGGGGGGCGCCACGCAGGGUGGAGGUGUGGCCUGAGGACGGCCAGUCUCUGGGCCUCAGCAUCGUGGGCGGCCGCCAUGUCAUCAAGCGUCUGAAGAACGGUGAGGAGCUGAAGGGAAUCUUCAUCAAGCAGGUCCUGGCCGGCAGCCCGGCCGCCCGGACCCGCUGCCUGAAGACCGGAGACAAGAUCCUGGAGGUGUCUGGCGUGGACCUGCGAGCGGCGAGUCAUGAGGAGGCGGUGAGCGUCAUCAAGUCUGCUCCGAGUCCAGUCGUCUUCAUCGUCCAGAGCCUGUUGGCGACGCCGCGGCCGGUGUCGCUAACAGCUUCCAGCUACAGCAAACACAAAGCCAAGCGGACCGAUCCUCUGGUACCUGAGGCAGCCCUGCCCCCCCUCAGAGAGCCCCCACCCUACAGGCCUCCCAGCCAAUCAGAGCAGGAGCUGACUGCUCACCUGCAGAAGGUCAAAGGACUCUUCUGCUCCACACACUCUGACACACACUCUGACACACACUCUGACACACACUCUGACACACACUCACUCACUGUCUCUCCCCCCGUGGAUUUAUGUCGGAGUGUGAGGACUGGAGCAUGGACGAUGCUGCCACCGGAGCGCUGCUGUGAGCGUUAUGGCGACCUGCAGGGGGAGCUGCUAUGCGUGGACCUGGAGAAGGACCAGCAGGGUUUGGGUCUCAGCCUGGCGGGAAACCGGGACCGGUCCCGACUCAGUAUCUUCGUGGUGGGGCUCCAUCCCGGUGGGCCGGCCUCCAGAGACGGACGGAUCCGCGUGGGAGACGAGCUGCUGGAGAUCAACAACCAGAUCCUGUAUGGGCGGAGCCACCAGAACGCGUCGGCCAUCAUUAAGACCGCCGCCGCCAAGGUGAAGCUCAUCCUGCUCAGAAACGACGACGCUGUAAACCAGAUGGCUGUUUCUCCUUUAACGGCGCCUCCUGCUGCUCCUCCUGCUGCUCCUCCUGCUGCUCCUCCUGCUGCUCCUCCUGCUGCCCCGCCCACCCUAAUCCCGGGCGGCCUGGAGGUCGGAAGCUCCGCCCCAUUUGAGCGGCUCCGCCCCUCGCCAGAGCCGCCGGACCAGAACCAGACCCCGACCAAAGGGGUUGUUCGGAGCGACAGCGCCCCUGAGAGGCCAGAGGUGGAGACGCAGAGGACGGUCCAGAGAAGCUCGGCCUCCUGUGGCUACUCCCAGAGGCUCAGCGACGCUGCAGAUGGCGAUCCGCAGGCUGCCAGGGCGCCGCCGGAGCUCCAGGUCCAGUCCAGCAGCUCCAGCAGCUCCAGCCGACAGGCGGCAGCUUCUCCUCCUCCGGUCGGCACCGAGGUCCAGUCCGCAAGCCGAGGAACCACCCACGGUUCUGGGCCGUCCACGUCGGACCCGUCUGGCUGCACCGUGGUUCCAGGUCAGGAAACGGUUCUGGAGAUCUGCAAGGGUCGGUCCGGACUGGGGCUCAGCAUCGUGGGAGGAACAGACACCCAGCUGAACGCCAUCGUGAUCCACGAGGUGUACGAGGAAGGAGCGGCGGCUCGGGACGGACGGCUCUGGGCCGGAGACCAGAUCCUGGAGGUGAACGGCGUGGAUCUGCGCGGGGCGUCCCAUGAGGAGGCCAUCGCCGCCCUGCGUCAGACGCCGGCGAAGGUCCGGCUGACGGUUCUGAGGGACGAGGCCCGGUUCCGCGACGAGGAGAACCUGGACCGGUUCCAGGUGGAGCUGCAGAAGAAGAGCGGCAGAGGACUGGGCUUCAGCAUCGUUGGCAAGAGGAGCGGCAGCGGCGUGUUCAUCUCGGAGGUGGUCAGAGGGGGCGCCGCUGAGCUGGACGGACGGCUGAUGCAGGGAGACCAGAUCCUGUCGGUGGACGGAGAGGACACGAGACGCGCGUCCCAGGAGGGCGUGGCCGCCAUGCUGAAGUGCGCCCGUGGACCCGUCCAGCUGGAGCUCGGCCGCUUCAAAGCCGCUUCCUGGAUAUGCUCCAGACUGACCACCGGGGGGAGCCAGAUGAGCAACAUCAGCAGCUCAGGUGUUGAGGCUCCGCCCCCCACACCUGCCUCACCUGAGCCCCCAGUAACCCCUGAGCCAAUUAGCUUCAAGACCAGCAGUGACAUCACUUCCUGCUCUGAGAGCAGCUCAGGUGGGAACAGACGGAGAUUUUGCCCGCUGGGCGACGUCCCCGUCUUCAUCGCCAUGAUCCGGGCCAACGGCGUCGCCGCCAAGACGCACCGGCUGAAGGUGGGGGACCGUAUCGUCAGCGUCGGGGGACAGCCGGUGGACGGACUGACCCACAGCGAGGUGGUCGCCAUGCUGAAGAACAGCUACGGGAACAUCAGCCUGCAGGUGGUGGCCGACACCAACAUCAGCGCCAUCGCUUCUCAGGUGGAGAGUCUGACCAGCAGCUCCAGUCUGACGGCCAGCACCGACACACACACCGAGUCAGAGGGUCCUCGGCCCCGCAGCAUCACUCUGGAGAAAGGCUGUGAGGGUCUGGGCUUCAGCAUCGUUGGCGGCUUCGGCAGUCCGCAUGGAGACCUUCCCAUCUACGUCAAGACUGUCUUCAGUAAGGGCGCGGCGGCGGUGGACGGGCGUCUGAAGCGUGGCGAUCAGAUUCUGUCGGUGAACGGUGAGAGUCUGCAGGCGGUGACCCAUGAGCAAGCAGUGACCAUCCUGAAGAAGCAGAGAGGGACGGUCACUCUGGACGUCCUGUCCUAACCUGGACGUCCCCAUGUCUCCGCCGUCAUUCGGGUCAACAGCGGCUCUGCUUCUGCAGGCCGUCGUCUUCACUUCCUGCUCCGCCCAUCAGGCGCCUCGCCAGCUGCUGCAUGCGCAGCUUCCUUUGCAGCUUCUCAGUGGAUCAACUUCCUGUCUGGUUCUGGAAUCGGAGUGCCGCCUGGCGCCGCCCACUGCAGGAGCAGCAGUCUGCCGCCUGGUGGUCGGAGUGGGGACUGCAGCCUGUCCUCCUGCAGGUUCGCUUCGUUUCCACCGGAACGCUCGGAUCGGACCCGGGUCACCCGGUCCGAUCAUCAGAACGGACCAACCAUGUCUCCAUGGAGACGCCUCUCAUUCCUCGGGUCGAACCUUUCUCCUGACAGGUUCUGGUUCUGUCCGGAUCAUUCCCGGCAUGUUUCAGACUUCCCCAGUGUUCCCAGUGUUCCCAGUGUCAAUGCAUGCAGCAGCGUGAUGCUAGCACCACAGCUUAGCACGGAGCCGUCUGAUUGGUCGGCAACCAUGAUGUCACACCAGGCCACAGAAAAGCCUCAAAAGUUCUGAAAAGCCAAGAAAAAGUUGGUUUGGGUUCUGGUUCCUGUCCCGGUUCUGGUUCUGGUUCUGCGGGUCCAGCUGGCUUCCUGCCGUCAGGCGACCCAAAUGUUUCGGUUCUGGUUCUGUUCCGGGUCCAAAGUGCCAUUCAUCAAUUUGUUACUUUGUUUUAUGCAGUUGAUACAUUUCUAUGAUUUCUCUGAGCGUUAUUGUUUGUCCGUCUCCAUGGAGACGGCUCUCAGGAUGUAGUUGGCAUGGUGCUCGUUGCCUUGACAACAGAUGCAGUGUCUUCCACGUCCAUAUUAAAGCUGCAGACUGACGUUCCUCAUGAUCCCGAAAUAAACUUCCAAACCCAGAGAAGCGGAUCUACCGGAUCUGGAGAAACUCGGCUGCUCUAAACUCCCUGAAGGUUUUCCUGGAUUUCAACUUCCCAGAAAACCAGCCCAGUUUUCCAGUAAACAUUCAGGUGUAGUUGGGACAUUCCCGGCCGUUUUUCCUGCUGAGCAGAGAUGGGAUGGUGGCCAAACGUUCCAGAGCAGCUUGAAGUUUUCCUCUGAGAAACUGAACCUGCUGAACCGCCUGCAGCCUUUAUUUGAUGCUGCUGAACUUUUCCUCGUCUUGCUCCUGAAUCGGCUCCUGGUAAAAUCAUCUCCACAUUUUAAACCUUCUUCAGGCUUUAGAAAUGUUUUUAUCUUCACUUUGAUGUCAUGACUGCAGCUUCAUGCGACACGAUUGGAGUUUAAAGCUGAACUUCUGUCAGCUGCUUUAAAACCUGGGUGUUUUGUUCAUCUGAUCUGUGCUAACGUGUUAGCUUUGUCCGUAAUGAACAAAACUAAGCCAGGGCAGAUUGAGCAAGAUGUCAUUAGCUCAGUUAGCUUGGCUAGCUCAGUUAGCUCUUGGUUGAACAAAUAUGCUCAAUUUUAUAGUUUAGCAUAAUUUCAUCUCCACUCAAACUCAAUCUGUGAGGUAAAAGUUUCUAAUUUAAUGUUCACAAAACAUUUAAAGAGCAAUGUUUAAUAUUUCACAAGAUUGAAAUUUAGCUUCGUAGCUAAACUGGCCAAUCUUUUACAUUUUACUGUUAUCAGUCUGAAACACUGAAAUUUUAAUUCUGAAUAUAGAAUUGCUUAGGAAGAUUUAUUAAAAUGUUUAUAAUUCCUUAGAAGCUAAAGCUAACUUGUUGUUAGCAUAGCAGUAGAGAGCGGCUAAAGGGAAAACAGUCUGCAGACAUCAACAUAUCAAGUCAUGUGCACAAAUAUUCUGUCUUAAUUUAUUUGUUGAUUCCACUGGAAAUGAUCAGAUUUGUGUGUUUUUGUUGCCACUUUGUGCCAUCAGAACCUGAAACGGGUCGGUUUUAGUUCCAUGUCAUGUUGUCAAAGGAUUCUGGAAAAUGUUUUUGAUUUAUGGUGAGAUUUAAAUGAUUAGUUGAAAAACGAGUAAAGAUGAAUAAAGUGAGACUUUCUCUG